AAAUUGGAUGCAUGCUGUAGAGGGAAGCAGCAAAAUCCAACAACAACAACACAUGUUUUUGGUAUUAUUCUUAUUCUUAAAAUCCAGUCUAUAAUUGUAAAGUGUGUGUAUUUUUUAAACGUUUAAUAAACAAGUUACUUGAAGAAAAACGAAUUUGUGAGGAGAGAGAAGAAUAGAACAAUUUUUAUUUUUAUUUUGUUUUUGUUGCAACCGUUGGAUCAUUCUAGUUUUCGAUCUGUACUUUGGUCGCUGAGACAUAGCCAUGAAUGCUAUAGAUCCGAGUGUUUGUUACAACAUUCGUCGCAUUGUAAUUGGCAUAUAAGCUCUGUUUUAUCUUCUUCAUAUACUUGGGAUCUUAAGCGCACUCUUCAAAUUUCCACGCUGGCGUUGAACCAAUUUGACUUGUGCGAAUUUGGUUUGAGGUAAAUUAUGGGUUGGUGCUCAGUAGGGUGCAGAAAAGUUUUAUAUUUUGUGGCUUGUUUGGAGGUGUUGAGGUAGUAACACUUGCCUGAUACUAAAUUGGGUAGCGGAAAUGCCACCUUCCCCGGCAUUGAGAUACUCUCCGGGGAGAGAGGCGAGAGGAGAUGGUCACAAGCGGGGGCGUAGUCUCGAAAGUGGAAUACUUUUCCGGGAGAAAGAUGACGAUCUUGCUUUGUUCAAUGAAAUGCAGUCCAAAGAAAGAGAUGGUUUUUUGCUUCAGUCUUCAGAUGACUUGGAAGACUCAUUCGCUACAAAGUUGAGGCAUUUUUCUGAUGUCAACAUUGGAAUCUCCAUUCCUGGUCGGCGAGAAACUAGUGACUUGCUUAAUAUAGAUGGCGACAAAAAUGAUUAUGACUGGUUAUUGACACCCCCAGAUACGCCACUAUUUCCUUCAUUAGAUGAUGAUCCCCCACCAACUAAUGUUUCAAGCAGAGGAAGGCCUCAGAGUAAAGCCAUUUCCAUAUCAAGAUCUUCUACGAUGGAAAAAAGUUACAGAAGCAGUAGGGGUAGUGCAAGUCCAAAUCGUUUAAGUCCAUCUCCUCGUUCGGGAACUAAUACAUUGCAAGCAAGGGGAAGGCCUUCAUCAGUGCCAAAUUACAGUCCAACCUCAAGUAUACGGUAUGCGACUCCAUCAAGAAGACCAUCACCACCUCCAAAUAAGCCCACGACGCCUGCGUCCAAGUCUUCCAAUUUUACUCCGCGGAGGAUGAGCACUGGUUCCAGCAGCUCUGUUGUCUCAUCUGGAGUUAGGGGAACUUCACCCGUGAAGACAAGUCGUGGAAACUCUGCAUCACCAAAGAUAAGGGCAUGGCAAACUAAUAUACCUGGCUUCUCUUCUGAAGCUCCUCCCAAUCUUCGGACUUCUUUGUCCGACCGACCAGCAUCGUAUGUGAGGGGUUCAUCUCCAGCAUCCAGAAAUGGCAGGGAGUCCACCUCCAAAUCCAGCAGGCAAUCGAUGUCUCCAACUCCUUCUAGGAGCAGUAGCUCCAUGCAUAGUCAUGAUCGAGACCGAUUCAGCACACGCAGCAAAGGUUCUGUUGCAUCAUCUGGUGAUGAUGACCUAGACUCUCUUCACUCCAUCCCAGUGGGUAGCUUAGACAAAUUGACUUCAAGAAGGGAUGGCUCAUCUUCAACCAGUAGAACUCCUGCUAUUUCCAAGAAAUCACCCAGGAUGGUGUCACCAAAUUCUGCUCCUAAAAAAUCAUUCGACUCUGCUUUUCGUCAAAUGGAUAGAAAAAGUCCUCAGAACAUGUUCAGGCAACUAUUAUCAAGUGUUCCUAGUACAACCCUUUAUGCUGGAAAAGCAAAUUCUGCACAUCGUUCCCUUGUAUCUAGGAAUUCCUCCAUCUCAUCAAACAGCCAUACACCAUUUGAUCGAGUUACAACUUUUGCUCUAGAUACUGCAGGGGUUGACCAUAAUCAAGAUGAUAUGGCAAGUGAAACUGAUAAGAUGUCAUAUCCUGAUUUACAUGAAGAAGUGUUUGCCUUUGAUAACAUUGACGCAUUAAAUGAAAAUAUUAAGCAUGAGCUCAACGAGGAAUCAGUCGAUAUCCUGCAAAAGCAAAACAGAGGCUCCAGGAAUGUUUUUGGUGCAACUGAAGCUGAGGAUUCUGUUUACUAUGCUCAUAUCGAUGCCGAAGGCAAUGAAAGUUCAGAAACUUCACGUGUCAGAGACAUCAUUUCUGAAACUGGUAGUUUUGAAAAUACAGCAAUCUGUUCUCAAUGUGGUUGUUGUUAUCAAGUCAUUAGUCAAGCUGAGAACAAUAUUCAGCUUUGUCCAGAAUGCAGCAGGAAAACCUCAUUGUUGAGAGUCAUCCUCCCUGAGACAAUGUUGGCUGUAUCUGAAGGUUCUUCGGUGAUUUCUGCAAUCAUGCCUAAAGAAGAAAAAUCAUUAUCUGAAACAAGCCAACUACGGGAUGUAUCUCAACUGCCUCAAGAGACAGAUACGGGUAACUUAAGGUUUCCCCUCGGCGAACAUGAUUAUGAGGAAAGUGAAACUUCAUGCAGUGAACUAAACCUGGUUCACUCACAAAACAGUUCAAUUCCAAGUUCAUUGAGGGAGGGAUAUGAGCAGAUGCCUGCAAACCAGCUAGAGAUGAAUGGAUCGGGAGGUGAUUGCAAGAAGCAUGACGACGAAUUUGGGGAUCACCAGUUGUAUCACUAUAAUGAUCGCCCAAAUAUGAACACGGACCCCACAGAAGGCACCGGCAUUUCUGUACUGCUGAAAAGGUCCAGCAGCAACAAAGGACCUAUAGUUCGGGCCAGGACUUUUACCGCCACAACCAUAUCUUAUGAUGACCUGUCUCUUUCAAGAGACAGUUUAAACAGUAUUAGAAGCUCGACAAGACCUGGAAGUUAUUCUGCCUCACCAUCGACUGAUUUUAGCUCUACUAGACAAACAGAGUUUCGUAUUCCCAGGCAGUUGAGUGGCAGGAAGUUGGAUGGGGACUGUGGAUACGACUUAAGGAUCAAGGCCCCAAGCACUGGUUCAUCUUUCUCUAUAACUUCAAACCAUUCUCACCAUGAAGUAGGUCUUGCAACUCGAGAAACUUCCGGCAAUACAGAAUAUAACCUUGUGGAGGAGAUACCCCAAGUUCUUCGAGAAAAUCAAGCUUCAGGAAAUGCAAUGACCGAUGUAGCUGAUGCGACUACUACCCAUCCAACUGCUGUUGAGGAAGAUAAACUAGAAAAUGAUGAUAAUUGUAGAGGAAAUAAUGCUUGCAGCUCAGAAAUUUUAACGCGGGAGGAUUGUGUUCAUCCCGAUGACAAUUUAGUAACCUCAUUUACAAAUCCUAGGGAUUGUAUUUCAUAUGAAAAUGUUGAAGACCAUCCAAAUAAUGCAAGUUGUGUCUCAAAUAUUGAAACAUCAGUUAAGGCUCCAGAGUUAUCAUGUCAUGAGAAGCAUGAUGUGCAGGGUGCUAACGUUAAUGAACUGAAUGCUUUGGUAAUUGCCCACUGUUCUACAAUCACAGAAUCAGACAUUGAAGGGGAAAACUAUUGCGGAAAUAAUACUGACCUGGUAAAUGAUGAUCUGUCCCUGGUAUCAAAGAGUGCCCUCGAUGACUUUCGGGUACCUUCUGCUCGAAAUCCUUCGAGUCAUUGUCACACUGCUUCUGUUGCAGAGCUCAAUGCAUCCGAGUCCCAUGGAAAUGAGGAAUCAACAGUUACAGUGGAGUGUCAAGGUGCAGGCAACACUAGAAGCCUGACACUUGAAGAGGCAACAGAUACAAUCCUUUUUUGCAGUUCUAUCAUCCAUGAUCUAGCAUAUCAGGCUGCAACAACAGCAAUGGAAAAGGAAUGCUCUGAUCCAUUUGAAGGUUCUGAACCAACAGUAACAUUAUUGGGGAAACCCGUUUCUGACAGAAAGGAGGUUCGCAGACGACCUGUCAGCAGGCGUGCCUUAAAAACCCCGAAGACUCGACAGAAGAGGGUGGAAACUGAUGUCAAAACCCCUUCUGACGAGACCGAGAAUGAUGAAAAUAUUGAUGAAUCUUUCACAAACAAUGUUGGUGUUGGGGUUCCUAACAAGGUAGAUAGUAUGAAGCCCCCAAAGCUUGAAUCAAAGUGCAAUUGCAUCAUAAUGUGAGAGUGAAAUGCUUUCAAUUCGUAUAAUACAAGAUCUUAGCCAAGUUAUUGCACGAUUAUGGUUUUAAUUUUAAAGGCUGAUUGGAAUAAUAACCAUAGUCAAUUGGUUUAUUUUGGUUCCAAUAUAUAUAUUUUGUAACAAAUGCCACGUUGUGUUUGACAUAAUUGUGAAGUUAUUUUUUUUAACCUUUUUUUGUCAUUAGGUUAUUAUUAGUUAGAAGCAUUUUGGAGGAUUGUGCUGUGUCUGUGGUUGUGCCUCCUCCACUUGCUGCAUUCUUGUUUGUUAUUUCCAUCUCAGCUAAGUGAUGAUCCAUUAAAGGAAGUGUGAAGUAGAAAAGCAUUCAUAUUCGUUUA